AUGCCAUCUCUUGCGUUACCAAUAAAUAAACCUUCUCACCAUAACGCGCCUAGUGCUGGAAACUCUUUUGCCAGUCCACAGGCUACUCCCUUCGGGUAUAGCCCCCAAUCUUUUGGCAACAGCUUCUCUGGACAUGCUUGGCUGCGAGACGCGAUUCCCUCUGUCACCUCCUACCCCGAGCAACAUCGCCCUUCCGAUGACUUCUCCACCAUGUAUCCCAACCGUCUCGAGGAGGCCUUUUGUCGCAACUUCAAUUGCUGCGGAAAAAAUCUCGAUGAUCUCCAUCAACUCAUUCAUCAUUACGAAGAGCAACAUGCCGUUCUUCCCUCCGAUGUAAAUCUAUCCUCCUCUCUUGAUAAUAGUAACUCGGCCAGUGUUGCGAACCAUUUAAAUCGCAACAAUAUCCAAGCUCUCAAACAGCGAGAGCGCAUUCGUAUGCACGAUUUGGCCGAUCAGAUGGAUUCAUCUCCCCUUUAUGACAAUUCUGCUGUUAUGCCAUUUGCUUUCCCCGCAAAUGAAGGUACAAAUGGUCCUUACCGCGUCUCCGUCGUUGUGCCUGCAGCUGCCGCAGCUGCCGCAACUGCUGCCAACCCGGACCUCGCUGAAGAGACCUCCAUGCAAAACGAGCCUGUCUCUACCCCUACUUUUCUUCCCGAGUCCAUGGUUAUGGAUGAUGCUAGUUCUCCCCUCAGUGAUAUGAGCUUUAACAUGGAUAUUGGCAGCGGUAAUCGCUACAACAUGUUUGGUGUGAACCAAAAAAAUGAUCCUGAAUCAGCUUUUCUCCCCCCUUUCCACUAUGGACACGAUGUCUUCUCUUUUCAUCCCGAUACCCGUCCUGACACCCCAAAUACCGUCCAUUCCGAACCUUUUCCCGAUAAUGUUAUGUCUCCCACUCCACCGGAGGUUGUUGCACCUGCUGCUACAAACACGGCUCCUAGCUCCCCCUUCAUAAAAAAUUCAAGUAAGGACUUUGAAUGGCCAGUGCCGUUGAAAAAACAGCGCUCAAUUUCUCCAGAGUCUUCCGAAUCUCCUAUGACCAUAGAUUCUCCUGGCUCAAGUUUGGUUGUCGUCGAUAAGCCUUAUAAAUGCCCUGUUCCCAAUUGUGACAAAGCUUAUAAAAAUCAAAAUGGUUUAAAGUACCACAAACUCCAUGGCCAUUGUUCCCCCAUUACCACGCCGACUCCGACGCCAGUUCCUCAUCAGGGUUUUGUUGUGGAAAAUAAACCUUAUAGAUGUGAUACUUGCAAUAAGCGCUACAAAAAUUUGAAUGGCUUAAAGUACCAUCGUGCUCAUAGCCAUUUGCAAGUUUCUAUGGCUCAAGCCCAACGCGAGGUCCAAAUGAGUUUUAUGCGCGACGCAUAA